AUGUUGGCAGGUGUGUUGGUUCUGGGCAUCAUCCUCACAGCUUUACCAGGUAUCCAGAGCAGGUGGAGUGUGACAUUUUCUCGAAGGGAGAUCUGUGUGUGGGCAGGAACAACCGUCACUCUGCCCUGCCGUUAUGACCACCCUUCAGGUCACACUGUGAAACGGGUCAUGUGGUUCCGGGUUUCUUCAGACGGUCGAAGGGAGUUCACGCAUCACACAGACCCAAACCAGAUCAGUCUGUCUUACAGGGGCCGAACACGAUACAUCGGCGGCAGCUACUACAGCUGCUCAGUGCAGAUCCGGGCUGUGAGGCUGAGCGAUGCGGGUCAGUAUCACUUUAGGUUUGAGACGGACCAGCCGCUGGGCAGAUGGACCUCCCCCAACACCAUCACUUUGGAUGUUACAGACCUCCAGGUCCAGGUUCAUCCAGCACGGCCGGCUAACAUGUUUGGGUUUGGUGAGACGGUGUUUGUCGGCUGUCAGGCUUCAGGGUGUGCUGCACCUGGAAGGAGUCUUGCUUUAUACAGGAAUGGACUGAACCUCGGCUCGUAUGAGAAAUGGAUGAUAAUAAACCGCUUUGACCUGCAGCAUGCAGGAGCGUACAGCUGUCGACCGAUCCCACCACAGAACGUUCAGUCACCGACUCUCUCCCUCGAUUUGGGACACGCUCCUCGCUCCACCUACAUUUCAGUCUAUCCUGUAGGAGAGUUGUUAGAGGGAGGAUCAGCAACUCUGACGUGCAGCAGUGACGCAGCGCCACCUGUAGAGAGCUUUGCAUGGUUCAAAGACAUGGACAGCGGCAGCAUCCCAGACAGCUUCAGGCCUCAGCUCCUCCUGUCUUACCUCAAAUACAGCGACAGAGGAGAGUACUUCUGUGUAGCACGAAACUCACUGGGAACCAACCGCUCUAGACCACUUCUGCUGAAUGUCACCUACUCUCCAAAGAACACACGUGUGCUGCUGAGUCCUCCAGGUGACAUCAGAGAGGGAUCAUAUGUAAACCUGAGCUGUGUAAGCCAAGCCCACCCACCUGCAAGCAGGUACACUUGGUAUCACAUUGUAGGUGACCAGGUGUUGAAUAAGGGAAACUUCCAGAACCUGACGUUCCCAUCAGUGAGAGCUCGUCAUGCCGGUCAGUACUACUGCUCAGCCUGGAACCGUCUGGGAUACCAGAACUCUCCUGUGGCUACGCUCACUGUACUGUAUCCUCCGAAGAACACGUCUGUCCUGGCUCGUCCCUCCACCGUGGUGGAUGCUGGUCGCCCUCUGACGCUGACCUGCAGCAGUCAGGCUAACCCCGCCGUAGACAACUUCACGUGGCACCGCCUACCUCUGGACGGGGGCUCUGUACAAUCGUGGGGCUCAAAGUCUGGGCCUGUCUUCACCUUCUCAGAGGUCAGCCCUGGAGAGAGCGGUCAGUACUACUGCGAGGCCAGGAACCGAAUCGGAGCCCACAGCUCUCCCAUCCUCACCGUGCGAGUCAGAGGUCGUCUUAAGGUCAUUGCUCUGGCGUCAGCUGUAGGCGUGUCUGCUGGACUCAUCACUCUCACUGUGGCCAUUAUGAUCAGUAAGAACAUGCACAGAGUCGACAUGGAGACAUUAGAAGUACCAAAUAAGCGUCCGUCAGUGACAGCUGACACCACGUUUUAUGAGUCGGCCCAGCAGACACUUCCAGUGAGGAAGGGCAAGAUGUCCGACAUCCCGGAGGAACCCGAGGAUUUGAGUGACAGCGGCCACCCUGCCAUCAUUCCUCUGAAGGAUGCUCCUCCAAUCACUGAAGUUGAAAGUCGAAGCUCCACCCCUAACUAUAUCACUGUUCAAUACUCCAAGUUGUCUAGCACAGAGCAGGUGCAGGUCCACAAUCUGCCACGAGGGGGAGACAGAAAGCCGAAGGAUUGCCCAAAAGUUGUUUACACUUUGCUGCAGCAGCCUCGCAACUGA